AUGCCACCAAAUACAAUUGACACUUUAGAAUUUACUGAGUCAAAAACUAUUACUCUUCCUGUGCAGCAACAAAAAGCACUAAUAAAAGAAAAUUACGGCUGGCAUAUAUGCCAGACCACUUUGAAUAUGAUCGGAAGACUUUGCAUUGGAAUUGUUGUUGGUAUUUGCAUUGCCUUCGCUUUUAGAAACGGAGUACCACUCAACGCUACUAGUCAACACAUUGUUUUGUGUGUCAUUGGUUACCAAUUGCUGAUGGCUGAAGCCUGUUUAGCUUUAGCGCCAGGCAGUUGGACCUCCAUCUUUACACUAGUGAACAAAAGACGUGUUCACUGGAUUCUGCAGGUUUUUGGUUCCACUCUGGCCAUCGCGGGUUCUGUCCUCAAAAUUAUCGAUAAAGAUGUUCACUGGGUUACUUUGCAUGGAAGGUUUGGUUUGGUAGCAAUGGGAUUCACAAUAUUAAGUUUAAUCAAUGGCCUUACCUCACUUUACGCAUAUGAGCUGCGCAGGAUAAUACCCGGAAACCUGUCGAAGCUUACCCACAUCUGUUUUGGCGCUGUUGCCUUUCUCACCUCGUGUAUUACUUUAAUCUGUGGCAUGAGGAAAGGCAGUUUCACGAGCUGGACUCCUUACCUUUACAGACCGCUUAUUGGGAUCAUCAUUGUUCUUAUUACAGUUGUUAAUGUAAAUCCUUUCCUCACUUUCUUCCAAAAGUCUAAUAGAGUUCUAGGACGUUAGACAAAAGCAUUUAAUAGAAACGCUACAAGAGUAAUUGUCACCGAACACACGUCGAAUCUCAUUGUGACUGUAAUUUUAUUACGAUACACAUUUUGAAAAAUGUAAUCAUAAUAAAGAUUAGACGAUUAUUUUCUCCAAAUCUUCCAGUUGUCCGUUCUUGAAAAACAACAUUGCUUUACAAAAGGUACUGCCAUCUUACC